CUGCGGCGUCAGCGGGCAGGGCAGGCGGGUGCAGGCAUGGAGGGCAGCGGGCAGCACUCAGCCCCCGCUGUGCCCCCGGGCCAGCCCCAGGGGGACCGUCUCCAGCUCCUGCUGCGCCGCAGCCGGGAGGCCAAAAAUUGUGCCUACUGCCCCUACAGCCGCUUCCCGGUGGGAGCUGCGCUGCUCACGUCCGGUGGGAGAUUUGGCUCCGGGUGCAACGUGGAGAACGCCUGCUACAACCUGGGGAUGUGUGCUGAGCGAGCUGCCAUCCAAAAAGCCAUCUCGGAGGGGCACACCAGCUUCAAGGCCAUGGCCAUCGCCAGUGACAUGGGGGACUUCAUCACACCCUGCGGCGCCUGCAGACAAGUGAUGAGAGAGUUUGGCACGGACUGGGAUGUCUACCUGACCAAAGCAGAUGGCACCUACAUUGUCAAGAGGCUGGAGGAGCUGCUGCCACUCUCCUUUGGCCCUGAGGACCUGAAGAAGGUGUGACCAGCAUGGCCACCACCAUCCUUUGCCCCUGGGGCAGCAGAGGAGGAUGGUUUUCCCCAGUUUCCUCGGUGUGUAAGCAGCUUUUUGGGGAAGACACAGUUGGAAAUGCAUUUGUAGUGCUGUUCCUCUCAUCUUCUGAUUCAGUGUUGAUUCACAGGCACUGGCUCCACCUCCCCCGGAGGAAACAACAAAAUCAAAUCACAGAAAUUCCCUGUUAUUAGUAAAAAAAUGUGCAGAUAUCCUUGUAGCCAAGGAAGGAGUUGAGUUUGAUGCAUGGCUCAAUUUCGGGCUUGUUGAUACAGAAACAACUCCUAAAUAAUGCAAAAUCAUUGCUUGGGAAAAUUCUGGAUUCUUCGGCUCUGAAGAGAGGUGAAAGCCAAAAGGAAAUGCUCCAUCAGCCCCAGCAGUAAUUAAUGAGCCAGUCCAGAUUAGGUGGAUUGCUGGGAUGGGAUGGUUAUUGCACUGAGCGUGUCCUUUGCUCGUUUCUCUCCAGCUUGUUUUCCUCACUUUUGUUCCAUUUAUGGGGGAGAAGAGAAUGAAGAAUUUUUGACUGCUUCUGCAGAGUUUUGUGCCUCCAGAGUAGUGCCAUUUGCUGAUUGUACUAUUGAUUUAACUAUGCACGAUGACAAAUGAAUGUGUGGUAUUUCCCAACCAAUGCUGGGUUGGGCAUUUCAGCCCAUGCCCAAGCCAAAUAAAAGCUGUUC